AUGGCACGAGCGUCCUCGCUCGCUCCGCUCUAUGCUGCGCUGGUCGCCAUACGGGUCUGGUCGGCGCUACGGGGCCACGCCUACAUCCACCCAGACGAGUUCUUCCAGAGCGGAGAAUCAGCCUUUGGCGACGUCUUCGGCCUCGACACGCGAAAGAUGUGGGAGUUCCAGCCCUCGUUUUCCUGUCGCUCCAUGGCUAGCCUCCGCCUCGUCAACCUACCCGCCUCCAUCUACGCCGCCCUCAGCCCGGAACGAGCACCGAAAGCCAGCACCCUCUUCUAUCUCCAGCGCCUCACCUUUCUUGCGGCUUCCUUCAUCCUCGACUACGCUGUCUUCUGCCUCGCGCCUCGCACCCGCCGCCUCUCUGCCCUCUGCCUGCUCGCGGCGUCGAGCUCCAUCCUUACCUUCCAGGUCCGGCCCUUUUCCAAUUCGGUCGAGUCGACAGUGCUCGCACUCAGCCUACUCGCCUAUCGCAGCGCUCUGGAGCACCUCUCGCCCCCUGCCGCCGUCGUGCCGAGCUCGCCUCAUUUGGCAUCCGCAGCGCUGGGGGCCCUCGCUGCCCUCGGCCUCUUUUCGCGCUUCACCUUUGUCCUCUUCUUCCUUCCGAUCGGCGUAGCUUUCCUCGUCACGCUGGGAACGAGCCCACGCAGUCGGCCCUCGAGCCGUCUGGCAGCUCUGCUCUCGGCAGCAGCUGCCUUUGCGACCAUUGCAGCCGCCCACGUUGCCUACGACUCGCGCUACUACGCUCGCGGGACCCGGUGGGUCCUUGCGCCUUUCAACGCAUUCACGUACAACAUGCGCACCCAGAACGUCGCUCUCCACGGCGUCCACCCGCGCUGGCUGCACGCGCUCGUCAACCUGCCGAUGAUUGUCGGGGCGGCGCCUGUCGCCACGCUCAUCUGGGCCGCCGUUGUGCGGUGCAAGAGGAGGUCGAGGUCAGGAAGCGUCGACAAGCGGGUCAGCGACAGGCCAGCACCUGGCGUGUCUAGCGCUGUGCUCUCAUCCAUCAUCGUCACUUCGCUCGUCGGCCUCUCGAUCUCGCCGCACCAGGAACCGCGCUUCCUCCUACCCCUCGUCGUGCCGACGAUCCUGCUCUUCCAUCGCCAUCUCGGCUCGGCGUCGUGGCGCGGGGCUGCUCGCGGGACAAAGACUGCCAUCCUGGUCCUCUUUGCCGUGCAGCAGACGCUCCAGCUCUUUUUCUUUGGCUUCGCGCACCAGGCCGGCCUCGUCCCGGCGCUCUUGCACAUCGACCGACACAUUGUGCCCGACCUAACCCCGCUCGAGGGGCGGACACAGACGCCGACCAAGAUCUACUUCUGGAAGACGUUCAUGGUGCCUCGCCAUCUUCUACCGUCCCUCAGCCGCAGCGACGAGGCGUCGACGGAUCGCCGGGCGCAUAUCGUGGCAUCGAACACGGUUACUGCCGUCGAGCUCGGCCGCGCGGUCCAGGAGGACCACGAGGGGGCGGCGACGAGCUUGAGCUACGUCGUCGCGCCAACCUGGGCGUUUCUCGAGCUGGCACAACACCUCGACUUCGCACGCGUCGACAUUGUCGAGACCUUCACGCCGCACCUCGACAUGGACCAUAUCCCCGAGAUGGUCGGCGCCGUACGCAAGACGAGCCCUAAGACGGGUCUCGGCCUCGUCAUCGCCACGGUGCAGCCAUGA